AUGUCACCAAAUGCAUUUAGUCGUGUAUUUAGUACAACAGCAAAUACAGUAUUUAAACGAUUUUUAUUAACAUUGAUUCGAACAACAUUAAUCUAUAUAAUAGCACUAUUAUUUGUUCAAUUACCAACAUUUUGGCAGUAUGUUAUAACAUUAGGAAAAGAUGAUCAUAAACAUGAAAAACAAAAACGAAUUCGAUCUAAAUUAAUUGAUGACAAUGAUCCGUCAUCACCAUAUAGAGCUAUUCAAGUUCUUGAUCAACUUAAAAGUCAACCUGAAGAUGAACUUGAAACAUUAGCUGUCAUUCCUGAUCUUUGUCUUCAACGUCAUCCUAACAAACAAACAUUGGGUGUCAGACAAAUUCUUGAUGUUGAAGAUGAAACACAACCUAAUGGAAAAGUUUAUAAAAAGGUUUUACUUUUUUUGCUUUCCUUUUUUUUUUAA